UUGUGCCGCAGCAGGGGAGUCGGGAGAACAAUUUUCCCACCAUGAUCUCAAGUUUUCAGUUUCUUGUCCCUUUUGUGACCAUUAAAAUGGUUCGUGCUCUUGAGCAAGAACAAGAGAAUUUGAAGUCUAGAUUGUUUCAUUUCAAAGGGAUGAAUGAGAGCUCAGGAGGUCGUCAUGUGAAGAGCCUUAGCGUUGAUGACAGUUCUAGUCUCCUCGACUCUUCCAUGGACGAGAGAAUAACAUUUAGAAACAAAGGAUCAAAAGCAAGCGUGAAUAAUAAGAACGACAAGGAUCCUAAUUCAAGAUUAAACAAGGAUGAUGCCAAAGAUAAACAAAAUGCAGAAAUGGAACAGAUGAAGGAAAGGUUUGCCAAAUUGCUUUUGGGAGAGGAUAUGUCAGGAGGAGGAAAGGGCGUCUCUUCUGCUCUGGCAUUGUCAAAUGCCAUUACAAAUCUUGCUGCUUCUGUAUUUGGUGAACAAUGGCGCCUGGAGCCUAUGUCAGCAGAAAGGAAAGCAAGGUGGAGAAAAGAAAUUGAUUUGCUCUUGUGUGUGACUGAUUACAUUGUUGAAUUUGUUGCCUCUCAGCAGAAAUCCAAGGAUGGUUCAGAUAUGGAGAUAAUGGUGACAAGACAGCGAAUUGAUCUUCACAUGAACAUCCCCGCAUUGCGAAAGCUUGAUGCAAUGCUCAUAGACUGCCUGGAUAACUUCAAAGACCAAAAUGAGUUCUAUUAUGUUUCAAGAGAUGCCCCUGACUCAGAAAAAGGUAACACCAAGAGAGUAGAUGAAAAAUGGUGGCUACCUACUGCCAAAGUUCCUCCAAAUGGUUUAUCCGAUGCGGCAAGAAAAUUUCUGCAGUAUCAGAAGGAUUGUGUUAACCAGGUGCUGAAAGCAGCCAUGGCUAUAAAUGCCAAUGUUCUAUCAGAAAUGGAGGUUCCUGAAAACUACAUUGAAUCUCUACCCAAGAACGGGAGGGCAAGCCUCGGGGACUCAAUUUAUAGGAGUAUCACAGUUGAAUUCUUUGAUCCUGACCAAUUUCUGUCCACCAUGGACUUGUCAUCAGAGCAUAAAAUCCUAGACCUUAAGAACAGAAUUGAGGCUUCUAUUGUGAUUUGGAAGAGAAAGAUGAACCAGAAAGAUGGGAAAUCUGCUUGGGGCUCUGCUGUCAGUUUGGAGAAAAGAGAACUCUUUGAAGAGAGAGCAGAAACUAUCUUACUCAUUCUCAAGCAAAGGUUCCCUGGAAUUCCUCAAUCUGCACUAGAUAUUAGCAAAAUUCAAUACAACCGGGAUAUAGGACAGGCAAUUUUGGAAAGUUACUCAAGAAUUCUAGAAAGCUUGGCCUACACGGUCAUGUCCCGAAUUGAAGAUGUGCUCUAUGCUGAUUAUGUCACUCGAAAUCCAUCAUAUGCUGGACAGAAGAGGAACCCUUUAACAGAGAUGCCUCAAGAAAGCACAUUGCCAAUGGACGAGACAGCCACAGAGGGACCCAAUUCAAUGACACUGUCAGAUUUUAUGGGUUGGAAUUUUGAAUCCAAUGACACUGAGGCAAAGAAAGAUUCAACUGGAAAUUCUGAUGAAACAAUCAAAGAAGAAAAUUCAAAUUUAAAGUUAACAGAAAAACUUGCUAACAUAGUAACCAUCAAGAAACCUUCCUAUCUUGAGAACUUAGGAGGUCUAAGAAGCCCUACAGCUCGUCAUUGAUAGCAACAAUAAUGGGAGGAAAGGGAUACCCAUUUCACACAACAAACAUAGAAGAGAGAUACAGGAAGAGUAAAAAAAGCCUAAUAUUGGAAUAUGAAUUCUGGUAGUUCUUUUUGUCAAGAGUUUCUUAUUUUCAUUUGCAUUCCUUCCUUUUGUGAAUAGGGAAGAAAGCAUAUAAGUGUAAAAACUAUUGUAUAUGAAGCAUUUCAUACAUUCUUUCUUUCGUAAAAGAAAUGCACAUUUAGUCUGUUAGACUCAAAUGUCAUUUUUUGGUUGAUUUCAAAAUGAACAAAAUUCGUUCUUUUUC